AUGAAUCCAAAUAUAAUCCCAGUAGUAUAUCCCGCAGCGACAGAAGCGAAAUCAAUGAUGACAAGAAGCGAAAGAAUGGAAAGAGCCAGUUCAUCACAAAAGUGUCCGAUGCAAAGGCAUACAAUACAAAGAUAUCCAGUACAAGAAUGUCCAGUGCAAAAAUAUAUUAAUUUAUCUAUAAACGAAAGACCUAACUUCUUCAUGAGCAGACCGCUCGUUCGAGCCGCUGGACUUCUUAACGAGAAUUCCAUGACAGAAAUUAUCGACGUGAGCACGUUGCCUCAAAAAAAUACAUCAAUCAUUCGAAACAGUGUCAUCGAAAUUAUUAACAUUGGUGGUCAACUCCAUUGCCUCAAUGAACCCAUAAGUUCAUCAUAUUGGCUGAAGAUGAUCACCUUGGCGACAGACUUUCAAAAUGCUAAUGUUUUACUUAAAGUUAGCAAUAACGGACUCGUAUUAAAAACGAUAAGAGAAAUUUUACCAGGAAAACCACUAUUUAUGUGGUUCGCAGAAUGUGUUCUAAAUAUGUUGAGUAUUCCGUUUUUGACACCGGCAAAUUGUAAUAUUGAAGGUCAAGUCUACACAUGCCACAUUUGUAAUAGCUGCUUCGACUACCCGAAUCCUUUAAAGCUGCACUUGCUAUUAAAUUGCAAUCAAAAAGACAACAGUUACAUUUGGACGCUCUUGGCGAAUAAAAUUGUUAGCUCUCCAAGAACGGAUCUAUCCUUCAAUCAAUAUGCAGAAAGGAGUUUCACGUUCGAGCUGAAUCCUCUGCCCGUUUCCAGACCGAUAACGUUACCAGUCAAUAUUCCAUCGUAUUCAACGCAAACGGCAGACACGAAUCGGUCACUAAGAAACGAUUCGCCGUGUUCGUCGAAUCAACUAUCGCCUCUGUCCUCGAAUAAUCCUUCGCCGAUCCCAACGUAUCCCUUAUCAACGGAAAUUUUACCGAGUUCGUCGACUUACAAAUCGUCCGUUGAGAAUCUAAUGGAUCACCGUUUGAUUUUAAGAUCCUACAAUGCUUUGACGCAUCGAGAUCGAAUAAUGCCCUACGUAUUACCUUCAAAUGUGCCAGCAGAAUCUGGGAGGGAAACGGAUCCCGCGGAAGUAGAGACGCGCGCCAGCGAGAUCGGCAAAUGCAACGAAGGGUACAGAUGCAUCUUUUGCAACAAGAUCUAUUCGAGAAAGUAUGGUCUGCGGAUUCACAUCAGAACGCAUACCGGUUAUAAGCCUCUCACUUGCAAAGUGUGCGAGCAUAGAUUCGGAGACCCGAGUAAUCUCAACAAGCACGUGAGACUGCACGUGACAGAUGACAGCCGUUACAAAUGCGACAUAUGCGGCAAGGUACUAGUCAGAAGAAGAGACCUGGAGAGACAUAAAAAUUCCUGGCAUUCGGAAAAAAGUGACGACAAUAUAAUUGGACCUGAAUCAUCUCAGGAAUUCGCUAAAAGAUUUCGCAGAUAUUUUAUGUACAUCUUCGUUAUCAUUUCUUCGAGUCUAUUUCUUAUCGCUUAA